CUUCAAUAGGUACCGCGUACAAGGACGGACUACCUAGUGGCUGCAUGCAUUAGCGCUUUACCUAAUUUAGGUAUAGUACCGGGGGGAUUUAUUACAGAAGCUCCUGUUGGGUUGUUUGACAAAGCUUGGGUCAAACCGUCAAAAGAACCUAUCACACCACACGAUCUGACACCAUCGUCGCCUUUCUCAUCUCGGACUACCUACCUACUAUCUAUCUAUCUAUCGUCGUCUUUUAUCCCGUUUGUAGCCCGUGCCUCUCGAGAAAUUAACGACGUUGCGUAAUCCCAUCUCCCGUAACCUUACCAAUGGACCACGGAGAUGGGGGACACGGCGGCAUGCCGAUGUGCAACAUGAAUAUGCUCUUCACAUGGGACACGACCAACCUCUGCAUCGUCUUCCGCCAGUGGCACAUCCGCGGCACGACCUCGCUGGUCUUUAGCUUGCUCGCCAUCAUCGCCAUUACCGCUGGUUACGAAGCUCUGCGCGAGGGCAUUCGACGCUACGAGUCCGUCAUAGCUGCCAAGCAGGACGCUGCACCCAUCGAACCAAAUACUGAGAGCGCGUCAUUACUUGGGGUAGGACGAAGCAGCCAGGCCGACGCGAUUGGGCGACGGGCCCAUCUCCUCAAAGCCGUGCUGUACGGCGUACAGAACUUUUACGCCUUCAUGAUCAUGCUACUCUUUAUGACUUACAACGGUUUCGUCAUGUUCUCCGUGGCUAUCGGAGCCGGCCUCGGAUACUAUUUCUUCGGUUCGCAUACGAGGGCCGUAAAGGAGACAGCUUGCCACUAGUCUCUAGAUGCUGGAUAAGCUUGAGCUAAGGUCACGCUCACUAACAUCUACUACGCGGGCGGGUGGAUAUUCAGAAUAGAGAGAUGCGAAGCUACUAUGAAGGGCCUAAUUUAGAACUCUACAACUAGAAGAUAC